CCCCUCCUUGUAUUCUCUGUAUUAAAAUAUAGUAUACAGAAUGUAUGAGGGAGGGGUGACUUACUCCCCAUGGCAAAACUGCAAAACCUCCCCAUGCUGUCACAUUGUCACGUACAGAACCAUCUGUGGCAAUGGUAUGAAGGCGAUGCUUCCUCAUGGUACUCCAUGACUGCUGCCUGUUUAUGUGGUUACAAAUGGAAAUGUCAGAUUUCUUAUAUUGCGUUAAAAAACAAAAACAAUGUUCAUAAAUUAAAACAAGAAGCUGCUCAUCAAUACUGGCUACCAAGAUACAUCAUCAGUAGUCUCCCUUUCUUGGAUUUCGGAACUAGGCAACGGGACUUUACCCCUGCUCCGACUGUCUCCGAUCAUUAUUUGGAAGGCGCUCCAAGCAGAGGAUAGAUAAUCAGAUCCAUACAAAGACCAAACAGCUAAGUACAUCAACUGUUCGCUAUUAUAAAGAAAAAAGAGAAGAACUAUGGGGGAACUUGGAAUAAUGCCCGAACUUGAUUUCUG